AGUUGCAGCAGCAGCAAGCUGUUUUCUGACGGCUGCAUGAAGCAGAAGGUCACAGAUUGAAAGGGAAGGCAGACGGUUGAGGACGGAUGUAUCUGGGAUGGUGAAAACCCUCAAAGGCUGGCAUCUUGGGGUCAUCACAAUUGGAUAAGUGGAGGAAGUCGGCUCUCUUUCUUUACAGGUUUUCAGUCAGAGACUGAAUGGCCAUCUGCCAGAAAAGCUGUAGCAGUUUCCUGCCCUGAGCAAGCGAUUGGACCAGAAGACUUCCAUGGGCUCUUCCACCUCCCAAAUCACACCACCACCCACUACGAUGGGAAACAACAACUGUGGCUGCUGCUCUGACAAAUAUUACAAAGCAGAAUGCUAUAGCUUCCCAAAUUGGGCAUUGUGGACUGUAGGAGGCAUUGCCUUCCUAUUGUUGGUGACGAGUCUUAUCCUCUCCAUAUGUCUUUGCCGGACCUGCAAAAGGACAAAGAAGCGAAGAUUUUCAGAGGACGAUAACCCCGAGGAAGUUAAUUUGCAUUAUGCUGAACUGCAGAACCUGCCAGCUACCAGCAGAGGGCAAUGUGACGGGGGGACCAGCUCAUCUCCUCCUCCCAUAGUUCAGAACAGUGACUACGCUACUGUGGCAGAGUUAAUGGAAAAUACUGGCGAGAAAAACUGCUGCCAGGAACAGAAAGAAGACAACGAAGAGACGGAUGGGGUCAGGGAAGGUCAAUCAUCUGUGGGAGAGGAGUGAGACUCUAUUGAACUGGAAUAGGGGAAUCAGCAGAGAGACAGAGGGACAUUGGAUGUAGACUGUAUAUCGAUUAUGCUAAACUUUUGUACCCAGGAAACGAAAAUUCUGCUUAAUACAAGUUGAAUAUAUUUUCAGA